GCGCCACGGCCAGUCGCUCUUUGGCGCUCUACCCACCACCAGCUCGAGUGUCGGAAUGGGCGUCGCGACCGAGGACGCCAGUGGCUUCUCCGGACUACCGCGGAGCCUCUCGCUCUGGUGGAGCGAGGAGACCGAGUACGUCCUGCAGAGCAUCGAGCGCUUGGCAGCCUACGCCCGGGGCUACAACAGGCUCCGCUCGGCGCGCCUCUCCCCCGGCCGCAUGACCAUGCACGACGAGCCCGCGGACAGCAACCGUUGGACCAUCAAUCGCGCCACCAACCGGCUCGUCGUCGAGACCAGCUGGGCCCCGAGUUUCUCCCGCCACCACCACUACCAGCAACAACAACAGCGCAAUGCCACCUUCAGGCCUGUCGCGGAACGCUCGCCCCUGCGCUGCUGUGGCACGCAGCAGGCCAGUACCUACCGAGCCAACGGGAACCUCGACAGCAACUGCCUCGAGGCUUACAGCCUCGACCACAGCAUCUACUUCAAGACGGUGGGCGAGGUACGCCGGGGCCCGCGCGAGGACGACAACAACAACAACAACGAGGUGCUCGACUGCGGGGACUUUCUCGCCUCGGACUUUGCCGACGACGACGAUUACGACGAGGACGCGCUCGAGCUACGCGAGCGGCUGAUGAUGAGCCGUGAAGACGACGACCAGCGCCCGGGUGUUGUUCAGCUGUGCCGAAGCAGGGAGGACGAGGCCAACAACAAUAACAACAACACGAGCGGGAGUAGCGUGAAUUUGGCGUGGUGUGACAGCUGGAGGCCAGUGUCGCCGUUGGUGCCGGCGACCUGCACCGGCCGGGUGAUGAUGCAGUAGCAGAAGCCGAGCGCCGAUGGG